CGGGGGGCGGUUUGAGCGGCAGCGCCCGGCGCGGCGGCGGCGGCUCCGCGGGACCCGCACGAUGCUGCCUCUAUCGCUGCUGAAGACGGCGCAGAACCACCCCAUGCUGGUGGAGCUGAAGAACGGGGAGACCUACAACGGGCACCUGGUGAGCUGCGACAACUGGAUGAACAUCAACCUGCGGGAGGUCAUCUGCACGUCACGGGAUGGAGACAAGUUCUGGAGGAUGCCCGAGUGCUACAUCCGUGGCAGCACCAUCAAAUACCUGCGGAUCCCCGACGAAAUCAUUGACAUGGUGAAGGAGGAGGUGGUGUCCAAGGGCAGAGGCCGUGGUGGGAUGCAACAGCAGAAGCAACAGAAGGGCCGUGGGGUUGGAGGAGCUGGACGAGGUGUGUUUGGUGGCCGUGGCAGAGGAAUUCCAGGCAGUGGAAGAGGCCAGCAGGAAAAAAAGCCAGGCAGACAAUCAGCCAAGCAGUGAAAUGUCUGCACCCAAGGCCGGGGACAGUUUGGGUUUUGUCACCUCAGGAUUUGCCACGUGUUCAAAAACGUUCCCUUUCCCACUCUCCCGUGAGUCAAUCAGAGCCCAAAUCAUGUUCAUUUUGGAAGCCCCUCGUGAUUUAAUCUGGUCAAGUGGAGUUUUCACUCCUUGUAGUCAGUAAGUCGUUGGAAAUAUUUCUUAAAAGAAAAAAAAAAAAGAAAAAAAUCAUUCAUGGUUAAGGGCUGAAGUUCUGCCUUCUCCUGAGAGUGAAUUUUUCAGGGUCGCCAGGUUUAAUUUAAAAUAUUAUCCUGUUCAGAGGUACCAGAACGAAGGCAAACAGACACUUUCUGGAUUGUUUGGAAUUUUUGUUUGGUUUUUUUUUUUAUACUUGAAACUUGGGAAACGUGUGUUUGUAACAGAUGUGUGAGCGUUUUGCUUUAAAAACACUGAACUUGAGGAUAUUGUGUCUGUACACGACUAGUCUUAAAGGUUUGGGGUUUUCUAAAGCCAACAAACCUUUAAACUAUUGCUUUUCUUUUCCUGGCCAGUCAGUUCUGUCUCUCCUAUGGCUGAAAGGAGAACUUGGGGUGAACAUUGGCCUUCAAGGGUUGUUCCCAAGAGAGCUUUGUGAUAAAUGAGUGUUUCCCAAUUAGUUCAUUGCUAACUUGACUUCAGAUUAGAAGUUUCCUUUAAAGGAACAGGUUUUCUGUGGGUUUUUUUGCAUGAGGCUGGUGCUCCCCUCUCUCCUCAUGGGUGAUUUUUUUUUUUUUAAAUUUUCUGAGUUGAUUUACGUGGAUUUAUUUCCCUCCCGCUUGGGAAAACUCUUUCCCCUUUUGCUGUGACACCAAGCACUGAACUCUUGACAAUAUUUCUCAACCUGAUUUCUUCCAGUACCUGGUGAUUGACCUCACUGGAUGUACCUGUCACUUCCUUUCCUAGUCACCAAUUAUCUCCCCUUGGGGAGCAGCGUGUCCCUCCUGUAGGCUCAGAAAACUCCUGGGAAUUCCCAGGUUGAGUUGCUCCAGUCUUCCAUCCCAUGAGCAAAAUGCACCUGCAAAAUAUCCUGAUAUUAAUUGAACAUCUGCACAAGGGGAAGAAACAACUCUGGGUGAGCCUUAACCCCCUCAAGGGAUGAAAUAGGUGAAUUUUAGGGGAAAAACCCGUGUUGUGGCUGGUUUUGAGCAGGUUUUGGUUUGGUUUGGUACAACUGGUUCUCUGUAUUGAAGCCUAUUCUCUUCUUAUAUUGAAGCCUAUUCUCUGCCAUCACCACUGUCUUGAAAAGGAGUGAAGAACAUGCUUUUAUAGAGUUAUUUUUUUAAUGUUUAUAGAACUGGGUGCAGUGGUGAGUGGGAAUAAAUCUCCAGCCUCUA